GGUUGAUUGUCAAGCACGUGAAGGUUGAUUGAGCAGCUGAUUGUCCAAUUUUCUCGGCAGCGUUUGGCUUGAGGUUCCGUGAAGCGAGCUCGCGAAGCAACAUGACCAUUUUGACGUUGGGCGUGUCUGUGAUUGAGUUCGUGGCUUGGCAUGUCCUUUUUGGUGCUCUUCAUGAAGUGGGCCACGUGCUCGUGGCAUGCCUAGUGGGUUGUGUGCCAACCUGGACUUGGGCGAAUUUCAUGAGUGCACUUACUAUGCGGAAGGUACACAUUUUGACCAUCGGAUGGGAGACAAACGUGGUGCGCAACGCGGGGUGGAUGGCGUCUUUGGCAAUCGCCUGGCUCUCCUUCCAUUUUCUCGGUGGACUUGCGCAGGCAGCAGCUUCGUUGACAGCGCUGGAAGCGUUUGUCUCUGAUGGUUUGCAGCUACUUGGUUGCUCGCAGGGCUGGUUUGGCUGUGGCAACUUCGGCCUUGUUUUGCUCAAUGCAGCUUGGGCAUCCACACCCAAGGAGGUGAAGGACAUAUUAGAGACCAUGGUGGAAGUUACGAUGAUGCGUGGUGCUCAAAGUGGAGGUGUGGUGACAUAUGCCUGGUCCGGUGAUGACCUGAUGGGAUUGCGUGCGCGUGUGGUGAACCAGAAGCGAACCUGUUUGUCCGAGCUGGUCCGAUCGAAGCUGAACGCCGUAGAGCGUUGGGCUUGGCUUCGAUGCCGAAAUUUUCAAGGCUUUGGCCGGAUCUAUGCGGGGCACACCCGCUUCGCGACCAGCUCAAAGGCCACCUUUGAAGGCACCCACCCCCACCAGUGGUCCCCACCUGAGACGCACCAGGUCUACGUGGGCUGGGCGGAGGGCCAGCUGCGCAAAGUGCGGCGCAGGCUGGAAGUGUUCAUUACGCACAACGGGGACUUGGACUUCUUUGACGUGGGAGACAGGACCUAUGACUUGUCAGCGAUCCAAAGCUGGCUUGAGCGUGCCACAGGGCACUCCAGGCCAUGUGAUGUGGACUCGGUCGCCAUUGCAGGACUCAUGGACAUGCUACGCACUCAGGGUUGCUUGGUGCGCAGCGUGCGUUUUGGCUUCCACUUUGGGCCCAUCCGCCACACCCUUCAGUACCCGGUGCCUCCCCCAAGCUUCUUUCAGCAGGUUGCCAGCUGCAUGGACAAGGUUUUUCAGCAGGAGCUCAUUGAGAGCAAAAGGUUGGGAGACCUCAACACCCGGCGCAAGGACUUGUGUCGCCUGUGCCUCGAGGCAGUGCAGGGGAACGUAAAGUUCCCUAUGGCCGAGACCGAUCUUGAAAAGACGGUGCACGCGGCGGUGAGCGCGUUCUUCGACAACGACUUGCUCUACGCCAUGCAGCUCUUCAUGGGCCGCGCCAAGGGCUCCUUCGGCCUCUGCGUGACUUCGUCGCUGGACGCGGAUCGGCAGCUGGCGCUGGCGGCUCGGGGGCAGACCAUCUCCGUGGCCUUCUACCCGGAGAGCGGCUUGGUGCUCUAUGGCUCUGAGGCCUCGGCCGUGAAGGCUGCCAUUGGUAAGAAGAUGGCCUCGGCCCAGCCAGGAGAGCUCCCUGCGCAAAGGCGCAUGAGCAGCAUCUUCGGCACCGGGAGCGUUGGGCUGUCGUCCUUUGAAGUCGAUCCCAAGCUGGCCGUGCUGAACGAUACCCCGGAGAAGGCCUAUGCCAAGGUGGCUAGCCCUGAUAAGGUCUACACUACGGCAGAGGCGAAGUCCUUGAUCAACGAUGGAUGUGCAAUGCGCCUGGACUUGGAUGAUCUUGGCGGGGAGAUCUGCCUGUUGGACUGGGGCUCUGGGCACCCUUUUACUGCCCUUGAGCACAGGAUGCUGAAGCCGCAAGCGGUCAUGCGCAACACGAUGACUGUGACCUUGAUCCGCGAAAGUCUGAUUCAGCGGAGCUUUCGCAAGCGGCUUUUGCCUCUUGAGGACAAUCCCAUGGUACAGCCACUUCCCAAGAUGCUUUCAGAGCCCGUGGGUCAAGAUAUCAAGGACAUCCCGGAUGUGUUGAAGGAUAUCCAGACGGAAUGGAAGGCUGGGGGGGUGAACCGUUCAACUGCCUGGGCCAUGGGUCGAGUUCUGCGAGCUCGCCUUCAAGAGAAGAAAGCAGGGCGAGUGGGCGCUGAUGCAGUUGACCUACUCAUUACCGGCUGUGAGGUAAGCCUUUGGCUGGGCGAGCAGCUGGUGGCUGACUUGGGGCUUUGCUUCAAGCAUCUGGUGGUGAAGUCCAUUUCGGCCAACAAGAUCCUUGGGAUGAACGGCUUGGAUCCGCCCAUGCCACAGGUAGGUCAUGCUUGCAACUGGGAGCUGCAGGGCUGCGUCGUUCUGCUCCUGAGUCAUAGUGGGGGGACCUUUGCCACACUGAAUGUCUCCAACCUGCUUCAGGCGGUGACGAAGAAUCUCUUCGUGGUGACCUCCGAGUGGGACACUCAAAUCGGUAAGCAGCUGCGCCAGAUCGACGACACCAGCCGCAUCUUCAAUACGGGCGUCGGGUUGCGACCUGCCGAGCCUUGUUCUUUGUCGGUGGCGGCCAUGCACCAGCUGCUGACGCAGAUCUUGGUUUACAUUGCUGCGACAAUCCUCGAGGAUCGAGAACUGUGCCAGACCGCGGGCGCCGUGGUCCAGCGCAAGGAUCUGGCAGAGUUGGAGCGCUGCAAUGGCAUGAACAUCAGCGCACUGGCCGAGAUUGUGGGUCAGGGCGGACCCACAGAGACAGUGAAACAGCUCAGAGGCAAGGGUCGUCGCUGGGCGCAGCAUGUGCUGGAAGGUCCCCGCGCGUGGAUCCUCUGCGCGCUCUAUAUCUUCAUCACAGUGACGCUUGGGCAAGCUCCAGUGACGCUCAUUUGCGAGCAUGCAGGCCUUUAUGAGGUACACGAGGAUCUCGCAUAUGCAGCGCGAGCACUGGACGCCCUGCUGUACAUUUUCCUUCCCCAGCUGUCCAUGCUGCUGAUUCGCCUGGUGCAGCGGCGGCCGCUGCUGCAUCGCAUGACCGGGCGCACGGUGGUCAUUGGGGAUGUGCCCUGGGUGGCUCAAUCAGCUGAGGCUUUCCUCUCCAAGCUGGUAGCCUGCUCCUACUCGGCGGCAAGCCUUAACGUUUUGUCCGGGAAUCCUGCAGAUCACCUCGUGCACCGAAUGACGCACCGCGUGGUGCGUGGCACGCUGCUGGCUUGCGGCCGCCCAGACGGUCGAUUAAUCUCAUUGAGCGGUGCCGAGCAAGCAGUGUGCUUGGCCGUGAACCAGGCCAGCUCGAUCCAAUCCAUGGGAGAGACCUGCGAGAGCCUCACCAUCGGGCACAACCCCUUCAAGCUGCCGCUGGCUGAGGCGGUUUUCCUCAAGGGCAACCGGCCCAAGUAUUUGUUCGAGACCGCCAGCAGCAGAGACGAGUCCAUGAGUCCCACAGCGCUCCUUGGGGAGUUCUCCAACUUCCGACAGGCCCGGAAGGGCAAGGCGGAUGAGGACGAGCCGGAUUGGAUGCACGAUGCCACAUUUACUCGGCUGCAGCACGCUGCUUUUCAAAGGCAGGUGUCCGUUGAUAUGCAGGAGAAGGCUCGUGCAGAGGCGGACACUUUGCAGUUGGACGCUGAUGGGCAUGUGAGCUUCAAGGAGUUUGAGAGGGGCUUCCGGCGCUUGCGCAAGGACCGAAUUGACAGGAAGGGACUCAUGAAGAUCUUCGAGCGCUUUGACACCAACUACGAAGGAGCUUUGCACCCUGUGGACUGCAAAGCCAUUUACCGAAUGGACUUGACUUCUCUACUCUCGCUGGUGGAGGGUGCGCAUCCACGAGUGAAGAUGGGCCUGCUGAAAGUGCAAGAGUCUGUUGAGGAAGUCUUUGGUGAACAGCUUGUCCAGGAGCACCCGGAGCGACAUGCUCAGAUUGUGGAGACGCAGUUCCUCUCCAUGCACCUUUACGAGAGCCGGAUUGCCUCCUUGCAACGUGCAGUUGCAUUCUUCGUGAUGUUUCACGAGAUGGGCAAGACGAUUGCGAACUUUUGGCCCUGGGUGAGCUUUGGCUUGCUGCGAUAUCGCAUGGAUCGCACCCACUCCAUUAUGCGCAUUGCUACAACAGCGUCGCCCGUUUCGGGUGCGGAAGUGCGACAGAAGAUGGUCGACCUCAAAGCGGAGAGGCAGCUGAUUUCGCUCCAGGCUAUUAUCAACAAGUUUGCUCAGCGCUGGCGCGCUCAGCAUGCGAAACGUGCACAAGAGGUGCUCUCAUUCUAGCUAAUCUUGUUUUUUCUGACAAGUAAUCGAGCUUGGGUCCACGCCCCAAGCUCUCUUUUACCCUGGGUUGUGCCUGCCAUAGGCAUUUGCACCCCGUUUUUUUGCUUGAUUACUCCAUCGCACUCGCAGGAACGGCUGCACACUAGACGAAUGUUUGCCAACAUUUGGGAUCUCCGGCGGCAGAUCCGCAUUUGAAACCCCGACC